GCCUGUUUGCAUACCAGCACGCUCAACUGACCCUCAGAGCCGAGCCAAAUCCUACGCUUAUAUUGUGAGAAGCAGCCAGGGAGUUGGUGUGUUCUCUGUGAUCAAGGACCUACAACUCAGGGAAAUAUGAGUACCAUUUUACAUGUUUCGUUUGUGAUCGUUGUGGUUGUAUCCUCAUGCAAUGGAGAAACGAAAACUCAAUGGCAAGAGAAAGCCCAGGCAGAGCUGAAGGCAGCAUUGAAGGUGGUUCCAAACCUCAACGUUGCCAAGAACGCUAUCUUGUUCAUCGGGGAUGGGAUGGGACUGCCCUCAGUCACAGCGGGCCGGAUUCUGAAGGCUCAGGAAACUAACCGGAGAGGUCAGCAACCUCUCUUCAGUUUCGAGCAAUUCCCAUCGCUUGGCCUGUCCAAGACGUACAACAACGACCGGCAGACCUCCGGUUCUGCCAGUACCGGCACCGCCUAUCUGACAGGAGUCAAGGCCAACUAUGGCACUGUCGGGGUAUCUCCUGCAGUCAAAAGGAAGGACUGUGCGGCUUCCAAAACAGAGGAAGGAAAGCUGUCUUCCAUUCACAAAUGGUCCUUGAAAGAAGGGAAAUCUGUUGGCUUCGUGACGACAGCCCGGGUGACACACGCCUCCCCAGCGGCCGGAUACGCCAACUCCGCCGACAGGAACUGGGAGGGCACGACUGAAGUUCCAACAGGUUGCAAGGACAUAGCGGCGCAGCUCUUCGACAACGUUGAUUUCAGUGUUAUCAUGGGUGGAGGCCGCCGCUAUAUCCUGAUGGACAACCAGACCGACCCGGAAACUAAUUCCAAGCACAGCAAACAGAGGACUGAUGGGAGGGACCUCAUUAAGGAAUGGAAGGAGAAGAACAUGAAGGCUGGGAAGAAGGCGGAGUAUGUGUACAACAAGGGCCAGUUUGACGCCGUCAACACAGCCACCACAGAUUCUCUUCUUGGUUUAUUUGCCCCGAGCCAUAUGUCAUACGAUCUUGAGAGGGACAAAACCGAUGCAGGGGAACCGUCGCUGGCGGAGAUGACAAGAAAGGCCAUCCAGAUUCUCAAGAAGAACGACAAGGGCUUCUUUUUGUUUGUGGAAGGUGCGCGUAUUGAUCACGGUCACCAUAACAACUCGGCCAAGAGGGCUCUGUAUGACGUUCUGUCUCUGGAUGAUGCCGUUGCUGCUGCUGUGACGGAGACUGAUGAAAAGGACACUCUGAUUGUCGUCUCGGCAGACCACUCCCACGUCUUCGGCAUUGCUGGCUACCCAUCCAGGGAAAAUGAUAUUUUUGGUCUGGUAGAUAUUGUCCCAGAAGACGAGAAACCCUUUGACAAAAUGCCCUACACCACGCUCUUCUACGGCAAUGGGCCUGGACUAGCACGCACCAACCUCACUGAGGUGGACACGGCUGACAUUAACUUUCAACAACCAAGCAUGAUACAGAUGACGGAUGACACUCACGGAGCUGAGGACGUCGCCAUAUAUGCACGUGGUCCGAUGUCGCACCUGUUUAACGGAGUGCACGAGGAGAAUUACAUUGCCCACGUGAUUGGCUACGCUUCGUGCGUUGGGGCCAACAAGGACCAUUGCUCUCAUACCACGUCUUCAAGCAAUAGGCUUGUGUUCAGUUAUCCUCUUGUGUUCUACCUAGCCUUAUUUCUUGUUAAGUAAUUGCCGCAUUGAUAUUGUUUUCUAUCUUGUUGUGAAGAAUAACCCAUGAAUCUAACGAAAAUAAUAGCUUAUAGCAAUAACCAACCAAGUAUAUCGAUUGUUUAAACAACUAAACUAUCUUUAAGUUUCUUUCUUUUAAAAAUAGAUAUACAUGUAUAUGUUUUUUAACCAAUAUUUUUAUUGUUCCCAAACUUUGCUCAAAUAUGUUCAUAAAUAUAUAUGGUUGUGUGGAGUUGCGUCCCUUAGUCUUGGCAGAAUCCUAUGAUCAUGGAAUAGAAUUCCAAAUUAACCGUGAUAAUGUUUAAAGUCUGUCCAGUUGUAAGUGAAAUACGGUUGAAACCGGCGUUAAAUAAUAUAUUUCCUCAUUUUA